AUGAGUUCCCACAAUAGCUUCACCAAUGCUUCCUUGAGCUCCUCCAACCCAGUCGGUACAGCCGCCACGUCUACCUCCGCGGUCCGGUCGCGGCCGCGCCGCCUGGUCUCCUUCAUGGACGAUGAAGAUGACACCACCGUCACUAAGGCCUCCAACUACGCCUACAAUGACACGCAACCUUCCACGACGGGACUCUCCACCACCCUUUCAACAAUGGACAUUGGAACGACGCGCUCUCGUGGCGCCACCCCUUCGCCGCUGUCGUCCCGCGGAGCUUCGCCGCUGCCAAUGAAACACCCAUCCCGCGUCACCGAACGUGGCCUCCGUGGUCGCCAUGAGACAACAUCGCUUGGUUGGAAUGGAUCUUCGAAGGCCUCAUCGUCUCAAGGAGCACCGGAUUUUUUGGAAUCCCCGUGGUCUUCAUUACAGAACUUGGCAUCCUCGGUACUAGGGAGUGACAUUGGACGGAACUCAGCGAAUAAUGCGACGAAGACACACACCCGGAGAAAACCAUCAAAAUCCGACGUAUAUACUCGAAGCAUCCCAAGGUCUUUGCCUUCAGCGUGGGGCCCCUCCGCACCCACAACCCCAGAAAUUGGAACCGGAACCAAGGAGGAACGCCAUGCGCUAGUACAAGCGAAGAAACGGGAGGCGCUUCUACUAGCAGAAUGCGACCCGGUCAUGAAUAGCAACUCCCGUCACAAACGGCGGGACUCCGGUGACUAUUUCGAUCAACAGCCAAUUGAGUCUGAUCAGGAGGAGGAGGCGCUUGCCUACAUUCAUCCCGUGGCGGCAACAGACAGCAUCACAGGUGUCACGAUCAAAUACGGUUGCCAGGCCGCUAUCUUCCGGAAAGCAAAUGGCUUCUGGCCCAACGAUAAUAUUCAAAGUCGCAAGACAGUUCUUCUUCCAGUGGAUGCAUGCACGGUCAAGGGAAGACCAAUUCAACCUCCCGACAAUGUUGAUCUACUCAGCAAUGAUACCGAGUACCCAUCUGAUGGCUCCAUUGACCCCGCGACUGCGAAUCAACCAUCCACAGAUGACAAUCCGCCCAAUCCCUCCGAUACUGAUCGGAAUCAGAUUUGGAAACACGAGUCCUGGGUACAAAUAGACGGAUUUCCAGCGCCGAUCGAGAUCGGUCGUGUCUCUCGAAGAUCAUUGGGUUUCUUCCCACGGACCCGUCGAAAAUCCGUUUCAUAUACAGAUUCCGAACCACCUUCGACUUAUUCGCGAGAUUUGACGCGAACUCCAUCGCCAGCUGCAUCGCCGCAACUUGGUCCUUCGCAGGGUAUAUUACCUAAGAUUAGAAAGACCAAAGACCAGUCCCGGCCUAGUGGAGGACCUCCUGUUCGGUCACACCGCCGCCAGCGCAGCAGCAUACACCUCUCAGGAACCGGUGUCGGUUCUCUCGACCGCACCUCAACCGCACCUGGGCCAGCUAUGGAUGGUCUCAGCAAGUUCUUCUCCCAGCAUAUGCCUUAUCUCGCACCACCAGCCCUUCCACAAAAUCAGCGGCGGUCGUCCUUUGGCUCCGAGUCGACCGUCACAUCUAAUGCAUCGGGCCUUGAGAAUAUCGGUGGUGCCCUCGAAGGCUGGGUUCGAAAAGUCGCGGCACGCACCAAGGCCGGCAUCACCGAAUUACAGCAAACACCUCCAAACCAGCACACAGCCGACCGAGGUCGCAGCGGAGGAUUAUGGGGUGUGGGUGAUUUGAUCGAAAUGGACGAUGCCUCUGAAGGCCGGCGGUCUCCCAGCCUCCUGGGCACGCGACGCCUCGACCAGACCACCAGCUCCUCUUCCUCGUCAUUCCGACCAGCUGCCACAUCCGCAUCCGCGACGAGCAGGUCUCGCGCGACAGGUCUGGGCUCGGGCUCGAAUGGGUAUGGCGAGCGCGUAAAGGAUGAUUAA